AUGGCUGGAUCGUACGCUGGCGCCACGUCGCCGUCAAUGCUGUCACAGCCGCCGUCUCCGCCACAUUCGCCGUCACAGACCGUCCUAUAUCACGCUAGACUGCCCAAGUUGCUCGAUUCCAAUGACCUUGACGAUCUGAACGAAUCUUCUCUGUUUAUCACCGACCCAUCUCGAUCUGUAGACUUUCCCAGCGGAAUUCCUGACGAUCUCGAGUUUGAUAAGUCCAGCUCUGCUGAAAGAAUACCCAGCAGAUCCUCUACACCAAGUGCUGGUGAAAACCGUGGCAAAUCACCACUGUUUUCUCAAUCUCCACCACCUACUAGGUCUCCAGAGUUUGGCCUUCGCCAGAACCGCCCAAACUCCUCCGCCAACACAUAUUCGCCAUUUGAGUCGCCCCCACGCGUGGACGAGCCGCUCUCUAGUGGCGACGAAGUGACCAACUUCCAAGACUCGUCGUUUGCUGACGAUACCAGAGCUCAGUUCGAUUUGGACAUCUCCAUCGAGAACAAAGUUGUCAACGGCUCUGCAAAACUUUCGCCCUGGCGCAAAUUCUCCGCCAAUCCGACCCAACCAGGCUCAUUACGCCAUUCCAGUUUGCUUAGCAAGCGUGUGGUGACGCAGAACUCUAUUGCUGAAACAUCUUCAGCCAAGAGAUUGGAGGACGUGACCAGAGAGCUAACUAACUGCAAGAUCCAGCUCAAACUCUACGAAAAGUUUCUACAGGAGCUUAUUGACCGCCACCAGAUCGACGUGGGCGACCUAGAAGAACUUCUGGGAAGUUUCUCCAAGAAAUCUUUAUCGACUUUAGAACAAGAACACGCAGAUAUGUGUGCUUUAGUGGAGGACUUGUAUGCGAGCUUAGAGGAGUUCCAGGGGAAAUGGCAUGAUGCUGAUAGGCGCGUGAUGGACCUAGAUCAUAGGCUCCAUGAGUUGGCGUUUGGGGUUUCUGAUCUCUUGGGCUCGUUGGGCACUUCUGUGGAUAUCGAUCCAGGAAAGGAACCUGCAAUUUUUCUCGAAAAUGCAUUGAGUACUCUAAAAGACAAGAUUGAGGAUUUAAGCAAGGGGACUUCUGAUGAACACCACAGAGCCAUGCAAGACCUCAAAUCGGAGUAUGAAGACUACAAAAAAGAUAACUCCAGCGCAGAGAAGAUGUUGCGUGAGCAGCUCCACGAAAUUUCCAAGUGGAAACUGGACUAUCUGCUGCUCAAAGAGAAGUACGACCAACUUAAGGACCACUCAGCCUCUUCUGAGUUCGAGCAGCUCCAGAAAGAAAACCAAAGGCUCUCAUCUUUAAAUAGAGUGGUGGACGACAAGCUUCAAGACUACCAGGUGAUGAUAAAUCAGCUACAACGAGAAGUCAACGAAUUCAAGGACCUGAGUCGGAAAGGUUCGUUAUCUGAUCUCAGUGAUCCAUCAGUGUAUACCAGUCUGAGAGACCGUGAACGCUAUUUAUUGUUACAAAGGGACUUUGAGAACUUGCAGCGACUUCAUGACGACAUGGCCAAUGAGUUUGAGCGCUUUAAAGAGACGUCUGCCGGCACAGUCACAUCUUUGACGAACCAGCUCAAUAACAGGAAAAGGGACAUCAUGAGUCUACGAGCAGAGCAAACUGGGCUCGAAAAUAUCCAACACGAGCUUGAGGUCGCCAUUGAAAAGCAGCGUGUGCUCACGUCAGAGAAAAUGAAGCUCGCCUGGCAGGUGGACUCCCUCUCCAAGGAUAAAACGUCUUUGCAAGGAGCCGUUGAUCGGUUGACCGACAAAUUGACGGCAUCUGCAGCAAGUGAAUCUGGAAACUCCCAGCUGGGCAUCGACAGGCAGCACUUUGAAAGCAUGUUCCGCUUGGAUGUAUGGGAGUUCCAGCGACUCUUCAAGUCGUUUAACAAGAUCGCAGAUGACUCGUCCCUUGAAGGACCCAAGUUGAAGAUCAACACCCUUGCGGAAGCUGCUGCACAGAAGGUGGUAUUAGCUGAUUCUGGGGACUUUGCUACUCUCAGAGACACUCACAAGUCUGUCUUUGACUAUUUUGCCAGGGCAGUAGAAACGAUUGUGAAUGACCACAUCCGAUUACUUCUCAAGGAGAACGAGACGGAGAAUAAGAGUCCAGAUGUUGAGGUAAGUAAGUUGCAGCGAAAAAUCUCUACUUUAGAGAAGCAGCUUCAGCAAUCUCAGACCAAGCUGACCAAUGCGUUGAAUAUGCGCAUAGAAGAGCUUACCAAUCGUUGGAAAGUCGAGAGAGAAGCACGAGUACACGAUAACGAACAAGCUAAGAAACGACUCCAGCAGUUGGAGGAGGAGAAUGAACGUCUACGGAGCAUGCACUAA